UGGUCGGUUGCAAUCUCUUAAAUAUCAUUGCCACAUCCUCUGCUAACAAGCACACAGUAAUAUCGCCUUGAGUUUCUGGAAGCAUCUGAUCGAAUCCUCUCUGUUCCCCUCCUGCAAUUAACCAAGCGAACCCUUUCUCCAAAACCCUCACACCCACCAUGAAACGCUCCAUCGAAGACCCAAUCGCCACCAGCAAUUCCAAAAAACCAGUUUUCUUGACUAAAGAACAGCGCGAACAGUUAGCCCUCGAGCGCCGUCAAGAAGAAUUUCAACAGCAAAAGCUCCGCCAGCAGCAACUUCUCUCCCAACUCCGCUCCUCCAACGACCCUAACAAAUCCUCUGAUUCUGACCGCCACAAGGACCGGGACCGUGACCGUGACCGUGACCGUGACCGAGACCGAGACCGAGACCGGGACCGUGAAAGGGAUCGUGAUAGAGAGCGUGAUAGAGAGCGUGACAGAGAGCGUGAGCAAGACCGCGAGCGAUCCUCACGCCGUGAGCGGGAGAGAGAAGAGGAGACGAAGUCAAGAGAGCGUGCUCGUGUAGAGAAGGUAGCUGAAAGAGAGCGUGAAAAGGAGUUGGAUGCAAUUAAAGAGCAGUAUUUAGGGUCUAAAAAACCUAAAAAGAGGGUAAUUAAACCUAGUGAAAAGUUUCGAUUCUCGUUUGAUUGGGAAAACACUGAGGAUACAUCUAGAGAUAUGAAUUCUUUGUAUCAAAACCCUCACGAGGCACAAUUAUUAUUUGGUCGAGGGUUUCGCGCAGGUAUGGAUAGAAGGGAACAGAAAAAACUUGCUGCCAAGAACGAAAAGGAAAUGCGCGAAGAGAUUCGAAAAAAAGAGGGCGUGGAAGAGAGGCCCGAAGAGGCUGCAGCAAGAAGGCUUAAAGAAGAAGCAGCUGAUUUGUAUGAUACAUUCGAUAUGAGAGUUGAUAGACAUUGGUCAGACAAGAAGCUUGAUGAAAUGACUGAGAGAGAUUGGAGGAUUUUUAGAGAAGAUUUUAAUAUUUCUUAUAAGGGUUCCAAGAUUCCUCGGCCAAUGAGAAGUUGGCCUGAAAGUAAAUUAACUCCUGAGCUGUUGAAAGCAGUUGAGAGAGCUGGGUAUGAGAAGCCAUCUCCUAUUCAAAUGGCGGCUAUUCCAUUAGGAUUGCAACAACGCGAUGUGAUUGGUAUUGCUGAGACUGGUUCUGGUAAGACUGCUGCUUUUGUUUUGCCUAUGUUAACUUAUAUAUCUAGGUUGCCUCCUAUGAGUGAGGAUAAUGAGGCUGAGGGACCUUAUGCUGUUGUCAUGGCACCUACUCGUGAAUUGGCUCAACAGAUUGAGGAUGAGACUGUCAAGUUUGCUCAUUAUUUGGGUAUUAAAGUGGUUUCUAUUGUUGGUGGACAGUCCAUUGAGGAACAAGGUUUUAGAAUUAGGCAAGGGUGUGAGGUUGUUAUUGCUACUCCAGGUCGUUUGCUUGAUUGCUUGGAGAGGCGUUAUGCUGUUUUAAAUCAGUGUAAUUACGUUGUUCUUGAUGAGGCUGAUCGGAUGAUUGAUAUGGGUUUUGAACCUCAAGUUGUGGGUGUAUUGGAUGCGAUGCCUUCGAGUAAUUUAAAGCCAGAAAAUGAGGAUGAAGAGCUUGAUGAAAAAAAGAUUUAUCGUACCACUUAUAUGUUCAGUGCUACUAUGCCACCUGCUGUGGAGCGGCUUGCAAGGAAGUAUUUAAGAAACCCCGUUGUGGUUAACAUUGGUACCGCUGGAAAGGCCACAGAUCUAAUAUCACAACAUGUAAUCAUGGUGAAGGAAUCGGAGAAAUUCUUCAAGUUACAGAGACUGCUUGAUGAAGCUGGAGAUAAGACAGCAAUUGUGUUUGUUAAUACUAAAAAGAAUGCAGACACUGUUGCCAAGAAUCUCGAUAAAGCGAAGUAUCGUGUGACAACUCUACAUGGUGGGAAGUCCCAGGAGCAAAGGGAAAUUAGUCUUGAAGGCUUUAGGACCAAGAAGUACACUGUACUUGUUGCCACUGAUGUUGCUGGUCGUGGAAUAGACAUACCUGACGUGGCCCAUGUCAUUAAUUAUGAUAUGCCUGGGAAUAUUGAAAUGUACACUCAUCGUAUUGGACGAACAGGCCGAGCUGGAAAAUCAGGUGUGGCUACCACAUUUUUGACUCUCCAUGACACUGAUGUAUUUUAUGAUCUCAAACAGAUGCUUGUUCAGAGCAAUAGUCAUGUGCCUCCUGAGUUGGCUAAACACGAGGCUUCAAAAUUCAAGCCAGGAACUAUUCCUGAUAGACCUCCUAGGCGAAAUGACACUGUUUUUGCUCACUAAGAAUUUUGAACAUUCACCAAAUGCCGGCUUCAACUCUUGUUGUAAUGGUAGCUGAAGCAUUGUUGAUUAUGGCUGCCAACAGGAACUGGCUCUUUUUCUGGAACAGAACUUUCUGAAUUUUAUUUAUGGAAGCGCCGUCCUAUAAGUGAUGUUACAUGACGUUUCUGAAAGAAGAAAUGGAUCCUAAUUUUUGAAUUCCAUAUUGGAUCUUCAAAUGUACCUUUCUUCUCUUGUUCCCUUCCUGUGGUUUGGUGGUUGCUGUUGGUGGUCUGCAACGCUUUCUACGGAAGUUUUGGGAAUUGCAGGUUUGCACUUUAUUAGAGGUAAAAUUGACACCUGAACGAACAUGAACAGAUUAAUAUAUGAUUUGAUUUUGUAGAUUUUUCUUGUAAUAAUGCUGUAAUACUUGGAAUAAUUAUGCUUAGUAAUGGCACUGCGUCGUUCAUCUCUUA